AUGGAAUACCCUAGUAUUCAAAUGCCUACGCCUCAGAUCGCCACUCAAUCUUCUGCUACCUCUUCGCCUCUUAAUGCUCCACGACAGUCUCCCGCAUCCCCUCAAAAGAGAGGUUCGGGCAGUCCAAUGAGCAAUAUCGAACAAUCAGUAACAAAGUUACUGGUAUGCACCAAGCAACUUUUAGAAGGGUUAACUGCCUGGAGCCAAAAGCGAACAACGGAACAACAGGUAUCGGACAUAUACGUCAAACUGAUUGGAGAAUUCCACGGAGUAUGUCAUGUCUUCAAUCGGGUGGGACUCGAAACAAGUGACCUGAAAGACAUACCCGAAGAACUCCGUAAAUGCCUCGAAAAAGCCUUAAGCGAGGAAGCCUCCCCAGAAUCCCUGGAACAGUACCUUCCUCAAAUCCGUGACGUUAUAAUUUCUCUUCUCCAAGGUCUUAAAGCUAACCAAGCUCUAUAUCGACAAAGAAUGGGGAUUUCGGAAACUACUCGACUAACACGGCAAAUGACAACUGGGAAUGCUUCUCCAAAUUCUACCUUAAAACGAAACAUAAGCGCACCGUCGAGGAAUAAUUUCGUUGGCACUUCUGAUCCGCUCGCUGCAUUGAAGAAAAGCGAUGUUUUGGAAAGACGAGCCUCAAAAAGGCAGUCGGCAUACGUGAUGAAAUCAACUAGGGACGCAAGACGAGGUGGUGUAAGAGGUCCACAGGAGAUGUAUGGGAGAUCAAUUGGACCAAAGAUAUUGGAGGUUAAAGAGGAAUUGGAUGAGACAAUAGAAGAAAGGGAAAAUGGGAAUAUAGAUAGCGAGAAGGCGAAUGUGGAGGUUAAAGUGGAUGGAGAGUCAAAGGAAGUGAUAGAGGAAGAGUUUCAGGAAGCUUCGGAAACUAAUCAGCUACCGGAGAUUAAAGUUAUGGAUAACCUUGAUGAUUCGACGAAAAAGAUGUUGACGUUGUUUCUUCAAGUUGGCAAACAAGUUAAAAAAGUAUCCUACGACGGAGACAUGAGUAUCCCGGCCUUAAGAAUGUUAUUUAUCGAAAAAUUCGAAUAUAAUCCGGGUUUAGAUGAUUUCCCAAAUAUUUACAUAAAGGAUUCCAAGCUUGAUAUACUCUACGAAUUGGAGAAUCUGGAUGAAGUAAAAGAUAAUUCAGUCUUGGCAUUGAACGUUGAAACUCUCGAACAGGUUAAGAAACAUUUUGAUCAGAGUAUUGAGAACCUUACAAAAGAAAUUCGUGAUAUUAAAAAGACGUUCACUGAGAAUGCCGAGUUAUUGCGCCGUGGAAGCGUAUUACUAACAAAUGCAAAUAACCAACGACCUACCCCAUCGGAGACACAGUUCCGAGAAAUAGCUCGUAAGAUGUUGGCUAACGUAAGAAAUAAGGAAGACAAAACAUUACAACAUCCUAGUAAAGAACACUUAGUAGAAAAAAUAACAAACGAAUUACGUUCUCAAUAUGAUGAGAUCCGGAAUCUCCGUAGGGAUCUCGGUAUAAUGCGUCAGCUGUAUAAUGACUUCCGGGGUGGUACCACUUCCCUCAUACAUUCUCUGUCUGAAAAAACCACAGCUAUUAAAGAAUUCGCUCUGACUAAUGUUGGUGGUGCAAGAGCGUUUAUUGAUAGUGGCAAAGCUAAACUGGACGAGAGAUCUAAAAAUCUUUUGAAACGAAUGGACGCGCUACAAGACAUUAUAGAUGAACUGAAAGCCGAUGUCACACAACGUAAAUGGCGUCCGCGUUCAUCGUCCAUGGACCAUAUACAGAAGGAAUCGGCUGCUAUCGCUCAAGAACUUGAAUCAUUAGCACAGUAUGUCAAAACAAUUAAACCAAUGUGGAAGAAGACGUGGGAGGAGGAAUUACAGACUAUUGUGGAGGAACAAAAAUUCCUUAAUCAUCAAGAAGAAUUGGUUGAAGACAUGCAGGAUGACCACGAUAAAAUGUCUGAAGUUUUCAAUCACAUACUGAAAGUUGUUGAGAUUCUAUCAAAGAAAAAGCCAGAAUUCCGUGUUGCGCCACAUGAGGAAGGGUUUGAGGGGUUGAAGACCGUCAUGCAAGAAGUACGUAGCAUAUCGCCCAAUUCAGACAAACGGCUUAGAGCUUUGGAGCAAGCCGAGAAGGCACGCGAACGAGAACUCGCCAAUCGGAUAGACGAGUUCGAAGCCGAACUGAGCGAAUUCGUAGCUCAGAACAAACUGAAGAAGACGGGUGGUGCAGAAGAAGUUGAGCGAGUGCGACAAAAGAAGAAUGAGGAUAAUUUGAAGGAAUUGUUUAAGAAGAAAUAA